ACGGAUGGCCCCUCCUCUGCGAUCUUGCCGGAACUAUCAGACAAUCACCACUAUUAAAAUCUGAGAAUGGCCACUUAUGAAAAUUAUACAGGGUUUCCUCACCCUCACCCUAAUCCGACGCCGUCGUAUUGGCAGCUGCAGCCGCAUAAAAUCGCCGAGUUGCGCACCACGCCAGAGCUUCCCAGCGAUGUCGAGUUUGACUACAUCAUUAUAGGCUCUGGUAUCUCAGGCGCUACAGUAGCACAUAAGCUGCUCGCCGGCGAUCCGAUACUUUCUAUUCUUAUGCUGGAAGCCCGAACUGCCUCGUCUGCCUCGUCGGGUCGCAAUGGCGGCCACUGCCGAACCGGCUACUGGGCGCUGUUUAACCGCUACGUUGAGCACCUUGGCGAGGACGAGGCUCUGAAAAUCCUGAAACUGGAAGAAACCAAUGUUGCUAGCAUUGCAGAAUUUGUUCGCGACAAUCAAGUCGAUUGCGACUUUACAACCGUGGAGACGGCAGAUUCCUUCAAGACGCAAGAGCGUUUUGAUGCCGCCAUCAACGUCUUAGACGCGCUGGGAGACACACAGAAACGACGACCCAACGAUGCUCCAUCUAUGCAGCGCAAGGUUUGGCGGGGACAAGAAGCCAGAGAUCACACUGGUAUCCCUGACAUUGUAGGCGCCAUUACGUACAGCGGCCACACGCAGAAUCCGUACAAGCUGGUGUGCAGGAUGCUCGAGCUCAGCCUGGAGAGGGGAUUGAACUUGCAGACAAACACUACGGCCCUAGAAAUCACACAAAACACUACAGGUGGAUGGACAGUCAAGACGAAUCGGGGCGGUGACGUACACGGUAAACAGGUUGUGAUGGCGACCAAUGCAUACACGACGUCUCUGCACCCCGGGGUUGCUGCUACCGGAUUCAUUACGUCGAAGCGGUCACACUGCAGCGCCAUCAGGAUGGGUAAAGACAUCCCAGUGGACGCGCGGGCUUUGGUCCGCGGCAGCUGUGGCAUCAAGGACGUUGGCUACGGCGACUACUACAUGUACCGAGCACAGGAGGAGGGUGGUGGCCAUCUGUUGUAUGGUGGAGGCCUCGCGCAGGCGAGGACGAAUGAGGUCACUAAGGACGAUUCGCAUCUCAACAGUGAUAUUUCAGACUACUUGCGCAGUGCGCCGCGGCGCCAUCUGUUUGGUGGUCACGAGGGCGAGGACGACGUUGUGCUGGCGUGGUGCGGCAUCAACUGCUACACGCCCGACACGUGCCCUGUGGUAGGGCCAGUUCCCGGAGAAAAGGGCCUGUGGAUGUCCGUUGGGAUGAAUGGCCAUGGCAUGGCCCUGGCAUAUCGUAGUGCAGAGGCUCUUGUCGAGAUGAUGACUACAGGUAAGGAGCCGGAUUGGUUCCCCCAGUCGUUUAGAGCGUCGCGAGCAUGGGAGACGCCUAUUCAGGUUCGGUGAGAUGUAGAGCACAGCAAAAAGAGAAACAAGUAUACAAGUGAUGUGAUGGUGAUUCGAUGGUGGUGGCUCAGGCGAUAGCUGACGUCGACGAUGGGAGAGGCAGUGCUUGCAGAAAUGCCGAUACCCGUAGUGGUGAUAUAGCGGGGGAGUAUGCUGAUGAUAAGAUCUAUAGUAGUCUACUUCGAUAUUGGCUCGAUGAACAUGUUCGCACUGUAAUGCAACUUAGAGAUGAAGGUUAUUUUCCAACGUGGCAAAUGGGCGGGCGUGGCAGCAUUGCGUAGUCCCUGGAGGCUGUGCUUGGGGGAGCGACACUAACUGGUUAGCGGCCUCUGCAAGUGACAGUGUGUAUUUUCCCGGACGGCACUAUGACGACGCUAGCAAAGCCGCCCACUGGUAUACCAGUGGUGCGGGAUGGAGUCACAGUCAAUUGACAGCACUAUG